AUGCUGUCUUCCGUGUUCGUCAGCUUGCUUUCUAUUGCAGCCACAGAUGCCUACCGCACACCAUUCAACUACACCUCAACCUGUCUCAAUCCACAACCAUUAUCCUGCAAUCUCGGUAGUACGACGGUUGACAAGUGCUGCAGUCCUCAACCAGGCGGUCUGACCCUCGUCACGCAGUUUUGGAGCACUUACACCGGCACAUCUGCCAAGUUACCCGCCAAAAGUUGGGGUGUGCAUGGAUUGUGGCCCGAUAACUGUAAUGGUACCUAUGAGCAGUAUUGCAGUGCAGCACGCAACAUUUCAGGUCCUCAAACCAUUCAAUACUUGAUGAGCCAUGGUCGUUCAGACUUGCUGACACAGAUGAAUAAUGUUUGGAUCAAUCAAGGUCUCACCAAUGAUGAUCUCUGGGCUCAUGAAUUCGCAAAGCAUGCGACCUGUACCAGUACGUUUGACUUGGAUUGCUAUGCACCACUCUAUGCGGCCAACACUUCUGCUGCUGCCAAAGCAAAUGGCGGAGCAGGCGAAGGAUUGGAUGUCGUGGACUACAUGGAGACGACCUUGAAUUACUUCACCUCGCACCCGACGUACGAGUGGCUCGCGCGAGCAGGCAUCACGCCCAGUAACACCACAACGUACUCACUCUCGCAAAUUCAAGCUGCUAUUCGCAAUGCGACAGGAGUGAAUGCUUUUGUUGGCUGUAACAGGAAUGCCGCCAUGAAUAACACGCGAGAUGUCUUUUCCGAGAUGUGGUACUAUGGUCAUGUCGAAGGACGCGUGCAAGAUCUUGACUUUGUGCCCGUUGACUCCAACAAAUUCGGCAACUCGACGUGUGUCUCUUCUGGCAUCACCUAUCCCCUUCGCGGUAAGGGAGAGACCAAGGAUCUGAUCACCGGCCGCGUCUACUAG